UCUGCUCCCCCGGGUCGGAGCCCCCCGGAGCCGAGCUCGGGCUUGCAGCGUGAAGCUUCUCGCCCGCGCAGUCCUCCCCGCGGCCGGCGUUUCCAGGCCCCCCGAGCCUCCCCGAGCAGGGCGAGCAAGCCGGGACGAACGUCGCCCCGGCAGCCUCCCGCUUCCCCGGCUCCGCUCUCCGCCCCCCGGGGGUCGCGCGCCCACGAUGCCGCAGGGCCCCGGCUCGCUGCUGCUGCUGGUCCUCGCCUCACACUGCUGCCUGGGCUCCUCGCGCGGGCUCUUCUUCGGCCAGCCCGACUUCUCCUACAAGCGCAGCAACUGCAAGCCCAUCCCCGCCAACCUGCAGCUGUGCCACGGCAUAGAGUACCAGAACAUGCGGCUGCCCAACCUGCUGGGCCACGAGACCAUGAAAGAGGUGCUGGAGCAGGCAGGCGCCUGGAUCCCGCUGGUCAUGAAGCAGUGCCACCCAGACACCAAGAAGUUCCUGUGCUCGCUCUUCGCCCCGGUCUGCCUCGACGACCUGGACGAAACCAUCCAACCGUGCCACUCUCUCUGCGUGCAGGUGAAGGACCGCUGCGCUCCAGUCAUGUCCGCCUUCGGCUUCCCCUGGCCAGACAUGCUGGAGUGCGACCGUUUCCCCCAGGACAACGACCUCUGCAUCCCCCUCGCGAGCAGCGACCACCUCCUGCCGGCCACCGAGGAAGCUCCAAAGGUAUGUGAAGCCUGCAAAAAUAAAAAUGAGGAUGACAACGACAUAAUGGAAACUCUUUGUAAAAAUGAUUUUGCACUGAAAAUCAAAGUGAAGGAGAUCACCUACAUCAACAGAGAUACCAAAAUCAUCCUGGAGACCAAGAGCAAGACCAUUUAUAAGCUGAAUGGUGUGUCUGAAAGAGACCUGAAGAAAUCGGUGCUAUGGCUCAAGGACAGCUUGCAGUGCACCUGCGAGGAGAUGAAUGACAUCAAUGCACCCUAUCUGGUCAUGGGACAGAAGCUGGGUGGGGAGCUGGUGAUCACCUCAGUGAAGCGGUGGCAGAAGGGGCAGAGAGAGUUCAAGCGCAUCUCUCGCAGCAUCCGCAAGCUGCAGUGCUAGUUUAUCCGCCCCACCCCCUCCCCAGGCCCAAUCCGGGCCUAGGCUGACCGUUUUGCUCUGGGUCCUCAGCUCUCAUUUCCCAAGCACAGGCUUUCGCAGCUCCAGCCCCAGCCUGGAGCAGCUUCCCUUGCCUUUUGCACGUUUGCACCCCCAGCACCUCCUGAGUUAGAUGGCCCUAGGAGGCCUUGGGAAGGGAUAGCUGUUUUCACAUAAAGGAAAAACCCACGCAAGUCAUGUAGAAAUGUUCAAACUAAUAAAAUCAUGACUAUUUCUAUGAA